GGCGCGAUCCCGGGAGCGGGAGCCGAGCUGUCUACUGCCUUGAGCGUUUUGAGGAGGAUGAGGAGGUGUGUGUCUUCUCUCGAGCGGCAGAAAGAAACUGGUUACACUUGGAGGAGAAAAAACACAGGAAACGCCAAGGACUGAAAUGCGCUUGCAGCUGAAGUAUCCGCAUCAUGAAUAGGUACAAAACUAUCAGACAGCUUGGUGAUGGGACCUACGGCUCUGUUCUCCUAGGGAGAAGCAUUGAAUCUGGAGAGCUAAUAGCUAUUAAAAAAAUGAAGAGAAAAUUUUAUUCCUGGGAGGAGUGCAUGAACCUUCGAGAGGUUAAGUCUUUGAAGAAAUUAAACCAUGCCAAUGUGGUAAAACUGAAAGAAGUUAUCAGGGAAAAUGAUCAUCUGUAUUUUGUGUUUGAAUACAUGAAGGAAAAUCUUUAUCAGUUAAUGAAAGAGAGAAACAAGCUAUUCCCUGAGUCUACAGUUAGGAAUAUUAUGUAUCAGAUCCUGCAAGGGCUUGCAUUUAUUCAUAAGCAUGGGUUCUUUCACAGGGACUUGAAACCUGAAAACCUGCUUUGCAUGGGACCAGAACUUGUGAAAAUUGCAGAUUUUGGCUUAGCCCGAGAAAUCCGAUCUCGACCUCCUUACACCGAUUAUGUAUCCACAAGAUGGUAUAGGGCUCCUGAAGUACUUCUGAGAUCCACCUGCUAUAGCUCUCCAAUAGAUAUUUGGGCUGUUGGUUGCAUAAUGGCAGAAGUUUACACGCUGAGGCCUCUCUUCCCUGGUGCCAGUGAAAUUGAUACUAUAUUCAAAAUUUGCCAAGUCUUAGGGACGCCAAAAAAGAACGACUGGCCUGAAGGCUACCAACUUUCAGCUUCCAUGAAUUUUCGCUGGCCUCAGUGUGUACCUAACAACCUAAAAACUCUAAUACCUAAUGCUAGCAGUGAAGCAGUGCAGCUCAUGAGAGACAUGCUGCAGUGGGAUCCCAAAAAGCGGCCAACAGCUAGUCAGGCACUUCGAUACUCGUACUUCCAGGUUGGGCACGCCCUGGGCAUUCAGGAUCUGGGAAAACAAAAGGAACUGCAUAAUAAAUUGUCUCUGCAUAUUAAGCCUGUCCCUCCAGCACAGCCCCCUCUGAAACCUCAUGCCCGAAUUUCAUCAAGGCCUUUUCAACAAAGUCAGUCUUCUCAGCACAUGGUGUACACAUGUAAGACAGAUAACUCUGGGACUGAGCACAGUAACUACUUACAGGAGGACAAGUCUAACCAGAUUCUUCUGCCUGCAAUACACAAUAAGGUUCCUCAGCAGAAACCAUCUGCUGGGUCUGAGAAUACAAAUGGUGAACUUAAACCAAAACCUAGGCGAAGAUGGGGACAUCUUCCCAGGACAAUAAAGAAUUCUGAAGACUGGGAUAAUUUGGAAGACCUUGAUUUCAGCUCUUCCAUCAUGAGAAUGGACUUGAAAAACAAGAAGAGGCAGAAUGAUGAAACCCUUUGUAGAUUUGAAAGUAUUUUGGACCUGAAGCCUUUGGAUGCUGUAGGCUCUGGCAGCAGUGCACGAACUUCCCAUGCGGCCUUUUUGCGGCAGGACACUCCUACAUUGCGAGUUUCUGCAGCAAAGCAGCACUACUUAAGCCAUUCUAGGUAUCGACCUGGAAUAAGCACCAGGAAUAGCAUAGUUUCCACUUCAAACAAAGAGUCUGUUCCAUCUAAUUGCUGGCCCAGUUCUGGUUUGUCUGGGAAAACCUCUGGUUUGGGAGGAAGUACUACCAACGGGAUGAAUUCAGGGCCCAUAGGAUCAAGUGGUCUAGCAAGUGCUUAUGUCCGUUCAUUUCGGAAGAAGGAAGUAGGUUCUGCUGAGCAGAGGGUUCAGUUAGCACCAGUUGUGGACCCAUCCUCAGAAUUUGCAUCUCUGACAUCAGUCAGACCCCUCCUCGGAUGGCCAUCGCUCAGUUCACCUACGAAAAGCUCGCCGCGGUUAAUGCCUCUCCCGCCGGCAGCGGAGCCGAUCCACGGGCGCGUUGACUGGUCUGCGAAGUACGGUGCUCACCGGUGACCUGGGAAAUACCCUCUGAGCAGUGCAUGCAUCCCCGGAAACGGUGUCCAACAUGAGACCAUUUCAUACUGCUUCAUAUACCUGUAUAUUUAAAAGGAACAGAUCUUCCACAAAUGAGACAUUUUGAAGGGUUUUUUUACUUAUUUGCAUUAAUCUGAAUGCAAUCUUGUACCGUUUUGU